AUGCCUCCCCCAACUGUCCCCUUCUUCCUAACUUCCACCACGCUCGCCACCACUACGAAAAAACCGCAGCCGCAAGCGCAACCGCCGACGCCGCCAUGCGACGCGGAAGCCCAGGCCUCCGCCUCCACCUCCCACGCCUCGGCUGCGUCCGCGUCGUACGCCGCGCGCAUGCGGCUCAACCCGCACCUCGCGCUCCCCCUGUUCGACCACCUCCUCCGCUCAGGCGCCGACCCGGACCCCGCCGCGCUCGCGCUCGCGCUCGCGUGCUGCGCGCGCGGGAGGGACCGCGCCGCGGCCGCGCAGCUCCACGCGCACGCCGCCAAGCGCGGGAUCGUCGCCUCCCACCGCCGCGUGCGCGGCAGGCUCGUCCACGCCUACGCCGUCUGCGGGAUGCUCCCCCACGCGCGCAGGGUGUUCGACGGCGGGACCGACAACGACAUGUUCGCCUGGAACUGCCUGCUGCGCGGGUACGCUCAGGAGGGUGGGGACGCGGACGCGCUCUGCGAUUUCUUUGCCAGGAUGCCGUUCCGGGACAGCAUCUCGUGGAACACAGUGCUUUCGUGGUGCGUCGCCAAUGGUGAGUACGAUGAGGCAAUCGCGGUGUUCCGGGAGAUGCUGGCGAGCCAGGAGUGCCAGCCUGACAGGGUGACAUUAGUGAGCGUUGUCUCGGCAAUCGCGUACUUGGGGGCACUCGCUUUGGGGCUGUGGGCGCAUGCAUAUGUCAUCAGGAAAGGGGUUGAAGUCGAGGAGAAAUUGAGCUCGGCAUUGAUAAACAUGUACUCAAAAUGCGGGUUCAUUGAGGGUGCAGUUUAUGUGUUUGAGAACGCUGGAGAAAAGAUGAGCUUGGAUACUUGGAAUGCAAUGUUAGCUGGUUUCACAGCGAAUGGUUGCAGUGCAAGGGCUCUGGAGCUCUUCACCAGGAUGGAGUCAAAAGGAUUGGUGCCUAACAAGAUUACAUUUAACAGUGUACUGAAUGCUUGUAGCCAUGGGGGGUUUGUGCAGGAAGGUAUACGGCAUUUCAAGAGAAUGUUCAAAGUUUAUGGUAUUGAGCCUGACAUUGCACAUUAUGGUUGCAUGGUGGAUCUGUUCUCCCGUGCAGGGAUGUUUGAGAAAGCUGAGGAGAUCAUCCAGAUAAUGCCGAUGGAGCCAGAUGCUUCUAUGUUGAAGGCCCUAUUGGCUGCUUGUAGAACUCAUAAGAACUUAGAGUUGGGAAAAAAGGCUGGCCAUAGGCUUAUUGAGGCUGCCCCAAAUGAUCACGCAGGGUAUGUGUUGCUAUCCAACAUAUAUGCACUGGAUGGCAACUGGGGAGGAGUGCAUAAAGUGAGGAAGCUUAUGUUGGAUCGCGGUGUGCUGAAGAUCCCUGGGAGCAGUUCGGUGGAACUUAAUGGCGUAAUUCAUGAGUUCAUUUCCGGAGAUAAAUGA